AUGCUACCUAGUUGGCAACAGGCAGAGUCAUCCUCAGCUCCCGCGGCGACAUCAGGCUAUACUACACCGCCUGCUAACUUCAGAGAAAAUGUUGAUGAACCUGAAAGUAAUGAACUUGUCGAUCACGACCAGAGUAUGAGCAUUACUCGAAUUCGGCCGCUGCUGCGGCUGCUUCAAUCACGAAGACUUGCUUCGGAUGGAGCGGAUUCCCGGCGAGGCGACACUGGUGUGCUUGAUGGCUUUCAUGUUACUCCUCUCGGGGAUUCAGAUGUACCGCAACGCAGUAGAGUGAGCUUUCUUUCAACAGAGAUGACAGAAGCAAAACAAGUCGGUGUGCGCGGACUGUCAUGUUACGGAUUUCGACUGCUCGACGGCACUUUUCUGUACGGACCAGUAGCUUUAUUCCCAAAGACAGCGUUGUCUUGGCGAGUGCAAACACCUGCAGAUAUCACACCUCAUAUCACACCUCGUUCACUGAGUCUGUUUGCGAUGUUGGAACCGAAAAUUGACAUUCUUGUGGUAGGAGCUGGUGACAAGAAAAACAUUGACAAGUUAGUUUAGUU